AUGGCGGACAAAUUUGCCAAGGAAAAUGCACGGAAUCAACAGUGGACUCAGGAAGAAAGAGGCACUCUAAGGACUUAUGUAACUAAGAACUGUGGAGUGCCUCUUUCUAACUCUGAGGAGUUCUGGCAGAACUGUGCCACACACCUCUCUGAAGUGCAUGGUUGGAGUUCAACAUAUACCAUACAACAAGCAGACCAUAGCAUUAGCCUUCAAGACAGAGCAGAUCUUUUAAGCGCAGUUACUCAUGGUAAUGCCAAUGACAUUGCAGCGAAAGUUAUGGCAAUCAAACAAACGCGAAAGGAAGUAGAAAAAAUCGUCAAAGAUGGUAUCAAUUCAGACGCUGCCUUAAUUACAAAUAAUAAGUCUGUUUUGUAUAACAAGUCUUUUGAAGAUUUGCAGUCGUUUCAGUGGGCUGAUGUUGUUGGUGAAAUGGUUGUUUGCCAGCCUACUUUAGCAAAUAUAUUGCUUACUGUUAUGUCAAGAAAUAAGGUGACGACAGACAGUCUCUCAGAAAACUUGGUGCCAAAACUUGGACUGAUCUACAGCAUAUUAAUGCAGGAACGGUACCAUAAGCUGAGUUUGGUUCAGAGAGUUCUGGCUAUUGUGCUGAAAGAUGAACAGACUCAUGAAAAGGUAUUUGAUCGAUUGGAACCCAUCGGCAUAACAAGCUCCUACUCCACAUUACUGAGGGUCAUAGAGGAAGUUGGUGAUAGCUGUUAUGAAAACAUUCUUAACGAACUAAAGAAUGGAAAAAAGUACCGUCUCAUAGGUGACAAUGUGAAUUUUCGUGUUGGAAAAAAGUUUCAACGUAGCAAUGAAAAGCAAAGUCAACAGUACCACUGGUUUGCAUCGUGUGCUAUUAUUCAAAAUUGUGAAUUUUCUCAAUACUCUGAUGUCCCUCAAGGACCAGUUAGAGGUCUUGAUCUGACACAUAUAUUACCAUCUGAAUCUGAUAUUGCUGCUCUGAAGACUAAUUAUACCUGUCACAUUGCCAAAGUAGCUAAAGAACUUAUUCCAGCAUUGUCCUUUCUUGCUACAACUGAUAUUAGGCCUGAAUACCCAGACAUUAUUCAAAAGAAAAAUGGAUCCAUUCUCCUUCCUGUACAACCUUUAAAUGAGCAAUGCUACAGCGAUGUAGUCAAAAUUUUGGACUCUUAUCAGGAAUUUGUUACAGAAAUAAAUGAAAAAUCAGAAACAAGUUUCGACUUUAUCCAAAUUGGUGGUGAUCAGUUAACACGGGAAAGAUUUUCAGGUGCAAAAACUCUUAGAGGUGGUGCAUACACAGCCAAGGAAAGAUUUGAGAAUCUAUAUCCCAUCAGUUUUGAACUAUUCCAUACAUCAAUGAACUUUCUUGAAUUGAUGUUUAAAGUACUUUUUAAGAAGAAAACAUUUGAUAAAGGGACAUUAAAUGGAGAAAAAGUCAAGUUAAACAGAUCCUCUGUACAUGAAGAUGUAAAAAAUCAUUAUGAUGAUGACAAGGACUUUGUUGUGAGUUUUGUAAAAUCCUACAUAGCUGCCGCUCUAAUGGAGUUUUUUGGCAUUAAAGACAGGGCUUCAACUUUGACCAAAAAUAAACCUCCAUCCGACCCGUCAGAACUGAAAAAAUGGCAGGAAGAAGUCCUUGAAACUUUCCUUAAUGAAUAUAUAUUCAAGAGAGAUCAGCAAAUUACCUGCACACACAAAACUUUAAAUUUGAUGUUACCAGAUGGGACACAGAUUCAGAUUCACAUCCCAUUAUCAAAUCCCCAUAAUCCAAGUACUACAAAUCAAGAUACAAAAGAUGAUGUAUAUAAGUAUGGAGUGUUAGUGAUGGAAUUGGGAUUAAUGUUCCUAGAAUUUCAGGAUGUUUGCAAAUCCCCAGAUAGAGCUAGACUGAUGACUGUUAUGAAAUGUAUGAUGAUGAUGUUUAAAACGGUGAACAAUAACUCAAAAUAUGCUUUGGAAAUUUUGCGUUUCCUUUGCUUUCACCAGGCAUCAUAUAGCCUUCAGACUUCAUAUCAGUCAAUUCAUGGUCUGUUUGUGAAUACACAGGGGAAACUAGACUCAUCUAUCCCUGCAGAUCUGCAUAUGGAACACAUGGUAAAAAAGACCAAAAGUAUGCUUAAAAGCCUAGGAUCAAACAAAACACCUGAAAUUAUUGUUAAAAGAUCAAAAGCGUUAGCUGGAAUGGAUGCCAUCUCUCAUCAUUAUGACACAGACACUAAUGUAAUUUUGAGAUCUCAUCACCACAAAUUGAAAAAUGCAAAUGACGAUGAAAUAAAAAUGAUACAAGAUAUAAUGGAAGUCAAUCCAUUUGUCUAUACACCAGGAAGGAGUUUUGAAUUUUUCAAAGGACUAACUAGUCCUCUUCUGUUCUCUAUCAAUGACAAUAAAUACAAGGCCUGGGUGGAACAUCAUAAAAGUAUACUGGACUAUGACUCUGGAAAGUAGGCUGCAUGAAACAUGCUUCUCUGCUAGAUCAGAGUUAUUGAAAUAUAACUUGGCUUCUGCUGCCUGGCCAUCUCUUCCAGCUCGUCCAACCUCUUGUACAUAGACUGUUCAAAAAUAGAGUGAACAUGGUGAAG